CUCCUGUUGCUGCGCGUAAAUCUCCCAACUCUCUCUAGAUUUCGUCUCCUUUAGAAUGUAAACAGUCUCGUAUCACUUUUUACUUCUUUCUCUCUCUCUCUUAGUAGACUCCAUCUUCUUCUGGUUUCGUGUUUUUAGACAAGGAAAGGAAACGACUUUGGUUUUCUUUCUUUGUUUGUCUCUUCGAAGACUCUCCUCCGGUUCAUCCAUCUCUUCCGGUUCCUCCAUCCUCCAUGAAUUUGUAUACAUGAGAGUUUAACAAGGCUAGCAGUUCGACAACUUGAACGCUAAUAGUUUGAGAUUAGAAGUUGAAUUGUGGUUGCAAUAAGAAGCUGAAGUUAAACUGUGGCAGUUCAUACAAGAAUUUCAAUGAUGGAUUGAAGGUAGAACAUCGAUGUGAGAAAUUGAAACUUUGAAUUGGGUGAUAAAUUAAUCACAUUGUUGCACAACAUUAAAACCAACUACGUCCUAGGAAAGGAGCAUGGCCACAUGACAAGGUUUGGGAGGUACUUUUCUUAUGAGGUUGAGGUUUUGGAGUAGCAACGGAAGCACUUUUAUACUACCAUGGAUCAGAAUAUUGAUCCAGGGUCUUUGUUCCUGUGGUUAUUGGUGGAAUUUUGAAUGAAACGGAUGCGUGUUAGUUAAGGUCACUAAUAUUGGAUCAGAGACUUCAUUGUCCCAGAUAGUUCAACUAGUGGGAGAUCAAAAUCCAGGGUCUUUGUUCCUGCGGUGAGUUCGUUAGUUCGUUUCUGUCGUAGGCCUCCCACCGCGCGGUCAUCUAGUAUAUUUGUCGGGUUUACUCUAAAUUCCGGUUCUUGUUGCAUACAUUCCACGGGCUUAAUUAAGUAAUACAUACUCAAUUCUAACUUCGCAUGGACUCCUAUGGGUGUUGUGUACUGUUUUUGGAAAAACAUAUUGAGACUUGGUUAAUGUACUGGUUUGAGUACGAAUUAGAAAUACUUAGCUUUGAGAACUAUUCAAAUGACGUAUAUCGUACGAGCGUCAAAACGCUGAUAGCUGACUUUGCAGUUGGAACUUAGGAACACAGUUCUGUCUAUAAGUUGAAAGGUCAAUUGGUAGAUGGAUUCUGUCGAAAUGGAUCACGACGGUGAGCACCUUACUGAAGACACAUCUGCUGAGCUUUUGCUUUUUCCAAGGUAUGAUAUCUUCGGGGAACCAGAAGUAGUUCCUCGAGUUGGAGAUCAGUAUCAGGUGGAAAUUCCAGAAAGAGAAAGGGAAUCGGACAACUUCAAGAAUACCGCAUCUCAUUUCGAAGCAGCUGGUACUAGUCAUUCUUCACCAAUGAGAUUAUCCAUCCCAGUUAUGUGGGUGUAUGAUCAAGUCGAUGAUAUCAAACUUGAAGGGAUAAAAUUGCAACGGGCCCCAGAUGGUAGAGUGGGUGCAAAUAGGUCUGAAAGGAAAGCCAGGCACAAAUAUUCAGACCAUAAAGGUACAAAAGCUAAAGUUGAACCUUUUCUGAAAUUGGAUAGUAGAGAAAAUAGUACGUUAGCUGGCAACCGGAUGGAUGCGGAUUUACCCUCAAUGAAUGAGAAAUGUAACUUAAUUGCCAAAAAUUACUGUCCAGUUCCAGGUUUAGUAAGCAAUUCCUGGAGGGAUGUUGAGAAGGAUAGAUUUCUCCUCGGUCUUUAUAUUUUUGGGAAGAAUCUUGUUCAGGUGAAGAAAUUUGUUGAAAGUAAAGAGAUGGGUGAUAUACAGUCAUAUUACUACGGGAGAUUUUUUAGGUCUGAUGCACACCGUCGAUGGUCAGAAGGCAGGAAGAUAAGAAGCAAAAAAUGUGUACACGGGCAAAAGAUUUUCACUGGAUCGCGGCAACAAGAACUGUUAUCACGCUUGCUUCCCCAUGUUCCCAAGGAGUGCAGAAAUGCUUUCAUAGAGGCGGGGAAGAAAUUAACAGAGUAUACUAUUACGCUUGAGGACUAUGUCUCUAUGAUGAAGGAAACAGUGGGCAUAGAAACACUGGUAGAAGCUGUGGGAAUCGGCAAGGGUAAGCGAGAUUUGACUGGCAUUUCAGACUCUGUAAGGAGCAACCAAGCUAUCCCUGUUCGUCAAGAAAUUCCAACUGGCAAAGAGUGUAACUCUCUUACAUCUGCGGAUAUCCUUAAGUUUUUAAAUGGUGAUUUCCGUUUAAGCAAAGCUCGAUCUAAUGAUCUAUUUUGGGAAGCCGUUUGGCCCCGUUUACUUGCCAGAGGAUGGCACUCUGAGCAACCCAAGUAUCAAGGUUAUAAUAAUGGUAACAAGAAUUCUUUAGUGUUUCUCAUUCCGGAUGUCAAGAAGUUCUCAAGAAAACAACAUGUGAAAGGAAAUCACUAUUUUGAUUCCGUCACUGAUGUUUUGGACAAAGUGGUAUCUGAUCCAACUCUUCUUGACGUUGAGGUAGAAGAAGCACCCAGAGAAAAUGACAACAAGGAAGAACAUGAGUGGGCUCCAGAGAUGGAUCAGGAUAUUCAUUCAGAUCAUCAACGCCAUUGUUAUCUGAAACCGCCGCUUGCAAGUUCUAAUUCAGAUCUAGUGAAGUUUACUGUUGUGGAUACCAGUUUGAUAAAUGGGGAAAGACCUUUCAAGAUGAGAGAUCUAAAAACCUUACCUGUUGAGACCAAUAAUACUUCUACUCCAUCAAGUAUAUCUAGAGAAACUGUUGGAGUAAGCUUUAAAGAGCGACUGGAUGAUCCAGGCUCAGUUGAUAUGUUGGUUGAUGACCCUCAGCAAGAUACUGUUACUAGUAGGCUGAGGAAGGGUAACUCUAAUGCAGAUAGUCUAGUUGGUGUUUCAAGGCAGUGUGUUUCACUUAAUGGCUCAGUUAUUAGCAGUUCUCCAAUGGAGAAUCACGAGUUUCAGUAUGCCGCAGUUAAUAACAACAAGCAUGUGGGGAAGAUGUCGAAGUGUAUAUUACAAAAGAGAGCAAAAUCUGGAGAGUCAAACUCUAGUGCUCUAGUGAAGAAACGAAAAAAAGUAGGUCCUUGUGCUAAUAAAGAGAGAAGCUUGAGUACAAAUAACAUAUCCACACAUUUUGGAGUAAAAGAAGAGGAGCCCUCUUCCAAUUUAGACUCACCUGACACCUGUGAACAUAUGGUUCCUAUAGUAUAUCCAUUUCAAGAUAAAGUAUCGACUGGUUCUUCAACUAAAGAAGACCGACAUGAUAUCAAUGAAAAGCUAGUCAGUCGGAGAGCUGAACAUCGGGCUAUGAUCGAUCUGAAUGCACUACCGGAAUAUGAAUAUGGUGAUCUCUUCUUCAUGGAGGAGAGGGAUUUCCAUUAUGAUGAAAGUACGAAGGGUUUGUCUCUUCCAGCUGAAGUAAUCCAACCAGAGGAUCUUCAAACAUCAGUGAGAACCUCAAAUGGUAUCUCUAGUGCCGAGGAUCAGCCUACUCUUAAUGCCCGCCGACAGAGUUCAAGAAAUCGACCGCUAACCACAAAAGCAUUGGAAGCUCUGGCUGGUGGGUACGUAACCACAAAUAGGAAAUCAAGGGACAAGAAAUCUUUGUCAAGAGAUAACUCAUUUACAAGGCCCUCCCCUCGAGUCCGUGCAAAGGGUUGUGUUGCUACAGGGAGUGCCAAUACCAAGGUGGAUGAGAGGGUUGAGGAAGCAUGCAGUAGUAACACUGACAUGCUUAGGGAAUCCCGUAUUCGGUCUGAAAUAGAAGGAGGUGAUAAGUUAAUGUUGAGCUUGAGCUUGAGUCUGAAACUUCCCUACAAUUCUGAAAUUUUUGCUGAAAGAUACAAUCAACCUGGCUAGGGAGUAGGGACCAAUCUUGCUGUUCCUGGCUCUCAAGGGUUUUCUUUCAGGAUAUCAGGUUGUUUCUAUAAGAGUGAGAUCAGAUUAGCUAGUCAAAAUAUACCCAUGAACAUAAAUCAGGUUCGCCAUUUGCGCAUUAAGCAACACAGCAGUUGUCUGUGGCUUUUUCUUACAUUGUUGAUUUUAUUGACGGGGUCGGUGCAUUGAUGUACAUUGGUAAAAGGUCAGGGAUUUUGAAUUUCAGGAAGGAAUAACUAUUCACAGAAUCUCUGUUGAAGUCGUUAUUGACAAGCAAGCUUGGGUGCUUCACAUGUUUUAAUUUCUCUAAUGAGAGGGUAUCCACGCCCAAGUAAAGAAACAACCACCAAUCUCGACGACAAAGAUAGAUAAUAUAGAAUUACAGCGUGAGGUAAUAAUCAACAUUUUGAUUGCCUCCUUUCUUUUGCUUUGCCCUUUUCUCUUUUUGGGUUGAAACCAUGAAAGAUAAUCAUGUAAGUGGUAUAUCCACAACUAUUAUCAGAUACUGCACUGAUGUAAUGAAUAGAUAUUACUACCUGUGAUGAUUCUUCUUAA